GUUUACCAGCAAGUUUGUCAGGCCUGCUGCGCUGUUCACUAGCUGCAGACAAUUAAAGCUUAGACUUAAAGUCUCUAAAGCCAAUAAUGCAUUAAGAAGGCAGUGAUGGAGUCUGCAGGACAAGUUACUGAGAGCGACCCUCUGAAGAGGGAAGAAGAUGGUACAAAAACUGUCACGGCACCGCCAGCAACAGAUAUAAAAAACAGGAAAUGGAAAGAAGGCUUGGGUUGUUCCCGAAUGUCCCACUGGAGGACCGCAGUCUUCUUCCUGUCCUUGUUCCUCUGCCUCACCAUUGUGUUUGCCUUCUCCUUCAUCCUCCCUUGUCCCGUCAGACCACAAUAUCUCAUUAUCUGGAACAGGACUUUUUCAGACGCAGCCACCUAUGACUUCCUUGCUAUUGAACAUGCAAGCCAGGACAAAGUAAUGGAUGUCCUUUUUGUCCUGAAAAACACAAACGGCACACAAAACAAAUCAUGCGCUGACGCAGGCCUGCCUUCGCCGUGUUUAUUUGUGAUGGCGGUGGACGGCACUGAUGGAGACACGCUGUGGGAGAGGCCACUGGGUUCUGAGUUCCACUGGGCUCAGUGUGGUCUGGAGCACAGGACACCGGCCAGCUGGCACUGUCUGCUGUCCCAUUCAGACAACCUCACAGCCAUUGACAAAAACACAGGUCAUGUCGUUUGGCAGCAGCCUCAGCCGACUGGUCUCCUGAGCUCUUUGCCGGUCCUCAGUGUCCCAGAUCUGGACGGUGACAAGGUUGCUGAUGUGGUGCUGGUGGCAUCAGACAACACACAGACUCAGAUUAUAUUGCUCUCAGGGAAGACAGGCGCUCAGAUCGGUUCCACUGUGGUUCUUGACUCCUUCAAGUCAGCAAGUCAUCUUGUCCAUCUCAGUAAAGAGGGUUCUUACUACGUGCUACUGCAAAACGACACAGGUGUGCACGGACUGGCACUGUGGAGGAUCGCUGCCGAGGCUAAAGCUGAGUUGAACGCUAACCUCAAGAAGGACAAACACUUGGAGAAAAAGGCCGAUGCUGCGACCGGACUUGUUCUCAUCCAUGAGUCUGAUGCUGUGAGUUUGCUCCGAACUCAAGACACCGAUGAUUCAUCCGACCUGCUGGUUGUGUCUGGGAACGAGGUGGCUUUAGUCGAUGGAGGGAAACUGCAGCUACGGUGGACAUUUAACAUCAGCUCAGUUCUUGGCAUGCCUUCCUUUGGUCACUUUAACAAAGACAAAGUCCUUGACGUUGUGGUUGAAGAAGAUAUAGGCAACUACACAAAGAGGAUAAUCAUCCUGAACGGGGCGUCUGGCGGCGUGCUGUGGGAGCUCCAACUUCUCGCCAGCGCCAACGCCAACUCUCCCAGGCCCACCUCGAUCCACACCACCAACUCCUACUCGAUCUUCAUGUUUUGGGGCUUGAUGCCGUCAGAGUCCAACUCAUCUGAAUUAAUACAGACUGACCGACGCUCUUACAUGCUGCAUCCCCUCUACCCUAAAGUUCUCCUCGAGUUCACCAACGCCUUGGACCACAUCAUAUCCUUCAAAGCCACGCUCAUGGAGCAUGGACGCCACGCAGCUUACCUCCUCUUGACGGGUCCUGAGAAUGAAGGCACCGAAGGCACCGUGAUCCUCAUUAAGCGGAAGCUGAAGCAGGAUGUCCCGCUUUGCAAAGUUCUUCGUACUGGCACCAGUGGGGGAUCGGCAACCGACGAGGACAUCAUAGAGGCCUUUAAUCGACUCCGCUUCAGCGACUGGUGAACGGGUUUGAUGUUUGUUGGCUCGGCUGGACUUUAAAACCAAAGCAUGGGAGUCCGUUGUGCCUUCCCAGCUGUUAACCAAAGACAAACCUUUUUGUUUCGAGGUUUUGAGCUUUAAUUUAGGCGACGAUUAGACCUGGUCGCACAUAAACCGUACAAUGAAAAGGUGAAGAAGCUGCUGUUUGCUGACGAUCAACUCUAAAAAGCCUUCACUGCUGCACUGUGAUUAAGUUCAUGCGU